ACCAAUAAGAUUUUCUUCAAUAAAGAAGAGUAAUGUAAUCUCAACCACAAAGUGAAUUGGGUAUCCGACAGUGUGGGCCAGCCCAAAUACGUUGAAAGCCCACUAUUAGAUAAGGCAAAGAUAAGGCGCGAGCUGUUCAGAACCGUCAGAUGGAUACUCUCCUCGAUCCAACGUUUAUAAACUCGCCACGUAUGGAUAAUUCCCAUACAGCUCGAUUUCAAAAAUCUUAAAUAAUAAAAAUCAAAACCCAUUUAUGUCUCUUUAAUUUACCAGAAGAAAAAAAAUUCUCACUCUCAGCACACUCCUUCUGCUAAUAUACGCACCGGCGCACGUUAGCCGAAUAUGGCCACCACGACAUCAGCCGCAGCCACGUCCUCAUUCAUCGGAACACGUUUACCCGACGUGCACUCAAACUCGGGUCGGGUCCAGGCCCGUUUCGGAUUCGGAGCCAAGAAAAGCCCACCUAAGAAAUCGAUAAGGCCAAGUAACGAUCGCCCACUUUGGUUCCCCGGAGCUAAGGCACCUGAAUAUCUAGACGGAACCCUAGUGGGUGACUAUGGAUUCGACCCAUUUGGGCUGGGAAAGCCAGCGGAGUACCUUCAGUUCGAUCUGGACUCGCUGGAUCAGAAUCUGGCGAAGAACGAAGCCGGGCAGAUCAUCGGAACAAGGACUGAGGUGGCGGACGUGAAAUCUACGCCGUUCCAGCCGUACAGUGAGGUGUUUGGGCUUCAGAGGUUUAGGGAGUGUGAGCUUAUUCAUGGACGUUGGGCCAUGCUUGCUACUCUCGGUGCUCUCACUGUUGAGUGGCUCACCGGAGUUACCUGGCAAGAUGCCGGAAAGGUGGAGCUAGUGGAUGGAUCAUCAUACUUGGGGCAACCACUACCAUUCUCAAUAACAAGUCUGAUAUGGAUAGAGGUUUUAGUAGUUGGGUACAUUGAGUUUCAGAGAAACGCAGAAUUGGACCCAGAAAAGAGGCUUUACCCAGGUGGAAAGUUCUUUGACCCAUUGGGCCUUGCUGAAGACCCAGAAAAGAAGGCCACUCUUCAACUCGCCGAAAUCAAACACGCUCGUCUCGCCAUGGUUGCCUUUUUGGGCUUUGCUGUCCAGGCCGCUGCCACUGGAAAGGGCCCACUCAACAAUUGGGCUACCCAUUUGAGUGACCCACUUCACACCACCAUUAUUGACACAUUCACCUCUUGAAAUUAAAAAAAAAAAAAAAAAAAAAUCUAAUGGGAAUUAAUCUUCUUGUACUUUUUUUUUUUAGUUGAACUACUACUCUUUAUCUCUUUCUCAACUUUUUCUUGUAAAAAUAUUAUUGUGAAAAUAGAGGUAUGAUCAAUUAUGGGGA